GACUGGAACAAUGGUCUGUACCUGGCUCAUAGACAGCGACCAGUUUGAGAGUGCAAAGGAAAGUUUGGACUACUUUGGGGAGAGAAGAACUGAUAGAAGCACAAGUACCAAGUUUCAGGGAGUUGAAACUCCAUCCCAGAGUAGGUAUGUUGGGUAUUAUGAGAUCCUGAAAAACAAGUAUAACUUGAAACUCCCACCAGAGAGACAACUCAAAAUAAAAAACCUCAAAAUCCACUCUAUACAUGGAGUUGGGAAAGGCAAUGGAACUGAUAUGAAGGUGCAGAUUAUAGUGAGGAAGCAAGUUGUACUAGAAUGUGUAUGUGCCAGUCAAGGAAACUGCAAGCUCUUCUUUGAUUCUGAAAGUGACUCUGUAGUCAUUGGCGUGGAAGACAGCCCUGUUAUAAGUGGUGAUGUGAAAGUCAGAUUUGAAUCGCGUUCUGAUCUCCCAAAAGGCUAUGAUGACUGCCCGUUCUUCUUCUGGUUCAACACUUCCUUUAUUGAAAAUAACAGACUCUACCUUCCCAGGAAUGAGCUGGAUAACCCUCACAAGUCUAAAACAUGGAAAGUCUAUAGUGAGACAUUUGCUGUGGAGGUGAACUUCAUUGAACCAUAAGGGAAAGCUGAAAGAAGGGAAACGCAUAAAAGUAAUCUCUUUUUCCUGGAGAAUGUCUUGCUGCUUCAGGACAAAGUGAAGCAGUCUCACUUUGAUGUACUGAAUGUAUUUCUGUGUAGAUACAACUUCUCAAAUAAACUUACAUGAAGUUCUGUUGUGCAGAGCAAUA